AGAGGCGAGUCGAGCUCCUCACCAUCCCUCUCCACACAACACAGAGAGCAGAGCAGCCAUCCCGAACACAGGACUGCAGCAGCCAAAACCCCUUACCCCAGAAGCGCAUGCAAGCCUAUAAUGGAUAAAGGGAUUUUGCAGGUGUGAACCCUUCGUUAUAAUAAUUGCAACAAAAGAUCUCGUCACACACGCUCAUUCAGAUCCGUUCUAGCGCGCAAAGUUCAGACGCAUUUGAAGGAACUUUGGAGAGAGUGGGAGUUUGGAAGACUCAUUUGAGACUUUCUGAACUGGUGCAGGAAUCGGUUUCAUUUCAUUUGCGUUCUUGUUUGAAUCUGUAGGUGAUGCUUUUCCUGGGAUCGUUUUUGUGCAAAGGGAAAUUAUCAGUCUUUGGCUCUGCCGGGGUUUUACUUCUGACAAUGAAAAGCAAAUGAGAGCGUUACCCCUUCACUUUCAUUGACAGCUCAACGACAGGAUGCGGGAGCGGGAGCUGCAGCGUGUGGGCAGGAGAUUGCUGCUGUUGGGCAUCUGUCUGCUGUCUCUCUGGGGUCAGUUGAGUCUGGCCUCAACACAUCGCAGCCAUAUUGUACACGUCAAAGCGGGAACCUGUGAGGUCAUUGCAGCCCACCGCUGCUGUAACAAGAACAAAAUCGAGGAGCGCUCCCAAACUGUCAAGUGUUCUUGCUUCCCUGGGCAAGUUGCUGGGACAACAAGAGCGGCUCCUUCCUGUGUGGACGCUUCUAUCGUAGCACAGAAGUGGUGGUGCCAGAUGCACCCGUGUAUGGAGGGCGAGGAGUGUAAGGUGUUGCCGGAUCUAAAAGGUUGGAGCUGCAGCACGGGAAACAAAGUCAAGACGACCAAGGUCACGCGAUAGUCUGGGACCGAUAUACAUAUGGGACUAGCAGUUUUUUUUUUUUUUUUUUUGAUCAAAGCAAUGGAAAUUAAGUUUCAUUGACUUCAAACUACUUCACAACUAUUGGGAUCAAGUUGUUGGACCUCUGUUGAAUACUAAUGUCACUUGGAAUGGACCAUUUAAACACAUGGAAUUUUCCUCUCUUUUUUCACCCCCUCUUCUAUUUUCGCUCUGCCAAACUGCCGUCUUUGCUUUCUAACAGUGUCGGACAAGAUCAUACACCGUGUAUAGUAAAUACUCCAUAAAAAUCAACAUGUGGACCAGUUCAGAGACAAUUCUGUGAUUUCAGAACAAUGGAUUACAUUUCCUUUUUGUGAAGCGAAUGUGGACUUGAAAGGUUGGCUUAUUACUUGAAUCAUAUGUUCCAGAGGCACUAAUAUUCAGUCCCCUAUCCUUUGGUGCCAAUAUUUUAUUUGAUUUUUUGAUCAAUGUGAAGUGUAUGAUUUUUGGGUAUGGUUUUGGGGGCACUCAGCUCCAUUUUGAAACAGACUUGUGAAAGAGCAAGAGGCAAGUAUGACGCUUAGAAUUACCACUAUUGGUAAUGGAUGGUAUGGAUGAAAAAGUUGAAGUGGUCUAUGGGAGCUUGUGAAAAAGAAUAUAGCAAAAAGAUUUAUUGUUUGUUUUUAAAAGCCUUGGUGGCCAAUAUUGAGUCAAAGUGUCAGUAUUAUCUCAAAUAAAAGUAUCUCUAUGGGAAAUCUCGUCCAAUUGUAACUUUGAAGCAUGAUUACUCUGCCAUCAUAAAAGAGAUAACGCAUUUAAACGUAACAUCCACCCACCAACAGAACAAAAAGAAUAAACAAUCAGACAUCUUUCAUUAUCCAUAUGUCACGACGCAUUCGCCAGCUUUGAUAAAAUCUUCAAGAGCAUCAAGAUGUCACAUGACUAUGCUAAUGUUCGCAUUGAAAUUGACGUGUAGCCUGUGUCUUUGAUAUACAGAUUUAUGUGCAGAUGCCACGUUAUUAGCAUUCAGUCAGUGAGUCACAUAACGCUUUUGCAGCUG